AGUUAAGAAGACGAAGAAUAAAUGUUGAAGCUACUGAUAAGAUAUCAAUAACACCGGAUAUUCUUAAUACUACCGUUGAACCUGAUUUUAUUGUUGAACAGCUAUCACUCAAAAUGCCACCACCUAAAACUUCUGACAAAAAUUUGGAUUUCGAAAGUACGUUACAAGCCGUCAUUCUUGCUGAUAGCUUUAACGAACGAUUCCGUAUCAUAACUCUUGAUAGGCCACGAGUAGUUAAAGAAGCAUGUCCAUUUCACAGGACAAGUGAAUCCACAAUUUUCGUACUAGAUGGGAAAACUAAUGAAUGCGUUCAUUGUGAAACCGUGGAGCUCUAUCCGCGUAAACAUCGCAUGAUUAUGGAUAUGGAAGUAUUCAAAAAGCAUGCCGAUGUUCAAAUACGUAAUGAUCUUAUCGAUUGUCAGAUUGAUAUUCGUUCAGUAGAGCUUUAUUCACCGAGAAUUUUUGAUUAUCAAGAUAUUCGAAAGGAUUUGUUUAUGAAGAAUGUCAUUCGGGUCACACGGCGUUUGAACAAUGGAUCAACCGGUCAUCAUCUGGAUGCUCAACUGUGGGUAUCCACGGUUGGUGCAAAUCCGAAUAUAGGGAUUUAUCAUAGAAUUGUUAAUAAACUACAGGUGGGACAGAUGAGUGACGGUCAGUGA